AUGGAAAGCAACAUCGCGAUCCUCUCAUGCACACCCAAUCAUAUAGCGACAUCCAGAUGGUCUUCGUGCUCCCUUUCGAGUUGACGGCCCUCAGGGGCCAAUCCAGGACCAAGAAGCUCUUUCCGGGUUCUACUCCGCCUGAAUCAACGCGUUGAUGGCUUUGGCGACAUUGACAGUCGCUCCGCCCAAAGUGGUACCCCCUUCGAAUGAAGUGUAGGUAUCGUGUCCAGCAGUUGGGUUGAUAAUUACCCAUCUGUCGUCGUCACCGCCAGAGUUCAUUCGGAAAAUGGAGUCGAUACUCAAUCUCCCGGUAGAGAUCGUUCAGCUCCCUUUUGUCUGGACGGAAAUAAGCUGUAUACGACUGAUCUUUGGAGUCCUUCUCACCGAGCAAU